GCUACUGCGCAUGUGCAUGUGUGCACGGACGGAUAGACACACCAGGAAAAAAGUGGUCAAGACAAAGGACAGAGCAGUCUGUAAGGAAACAACUGGGAGUUUAUUGAGAUUUUAGAGCAGUUUACGAUAAUCCAGCGGUUAUACCACCGCCAGGAAACAGCCAGGUGUUCUUCAGGAUUCCUGCUCUGCUCAGCAUUGAACUAUUGUUUCUUCUCUUCCAGUGGUAGUCACCUUUCACGGUCAGCAGUAAGGUGAUGGAACGAACUGCAAAGCUAUGGGCUUGGUGACUGGGUGGAAGAGAUGUUAGCACAAGCAAACACAGAUGAUGUAGGAAGUGGAAAGUCACAGAGGGCAACCAGCAACAGUUUGACUGACAACACAACUGUGGUGCUGCUGGAGAAGUAAUCUUUCAGUUGCGAGCAUCUGGAGAGAGCAGCAGUGUUACUCAGCCACAGGUCUCACUUACCUUGAAACUCUCAUCUCCCUCUACACCGUACACACAAGACACGAGACACACAAGCUUCUCUCUUCCAAGCAGUUGAGAGGUUGCUAUGGCAAUAGUUGUCAUGAUGCCAAUGUAGCAUCCUGAAGGUAGUAGUUGUGGAGGUAGUGUCAGAGCUGGAGGAAGUGGUGGUGGUGGCGGCGGCGGCGGCGGCAGUCCAGGGAUGGGAAGUGCUCCUUAUCCAGCUGGUGAGUGGAAGGGGAAGGGGCGAGGCAGCCUGCAGGAGCUGGGCUGCAUGCCCUGGAAGAUCAGCAAGCAGAAAGGUGGUGGUGGUGGAGGAGGAGGAGGUGAGGUUGCAGUGGAGGAGAAGAGGUGCAAGGAUCCCAGGGAGUCGCAACAGCAGGAUCUCUCAUCCUCCUCUUCCUCCCUCACCCCUCAAGCACCUCCACAGUCCUGUCUGACACCUCCAGCUAUUUACCAUGAGAAGCAGCGGAGGGAGCUGUGCGCCUUGCAUGCACUCAACAAUGUCUUCCAGGAUGGGACAGCCUUCAGUCGGGACACCUUGCAGGAGAUAUACCAGAGGCUUUCUCCCAGUACUCUGGUGACACCUCACAAGAAAAGCAUGCUUGGAAAUGGGAACUAUGAUGUCAACGUCAUUAUGGCAGCCCUGCAGACCCGGGGGUUUGAGGCAGUUUGGUGGGAUAAAAGAAGGGAUGUGGGUAGCAUUGAGCUGUCCAACGUGACGGGCUUCAUUCUCAAUGUCCCAUCCAACCUGCGCUGGGGGCCCCUCCGGCUGCCGCUCAAACGCCAGCACUGGAUAGGAGUCAGAGAGGUGGGAGGGGUCUACUACAACUUGGACUCCAAGCUGCGUAGCCCUCAACCCAUUGGCAGUCCAGAUGAGCUCAGGAAGUUUCUCCACCAGCAGCUGCGAGGGAAAAACUGUGAACUCCUUUUGGUCGUCUCAGAGGAAGUGGAAGCACACCAGACAUGGCGUUCUGACAGCUAAGGCUUUAACCAGCCAAUGACAGCUCCAGCUGGGCAAAUGGGCCAAUCACAGAAUGAAUGGGAGAGGAAGCAGAAUCAUGCACAACCAAUUAAGCGAAUGCGCAUUUGCAGAAGUAUUUUUUGGUUUUGUUUACACAGCCAUUGCUGGACUCUUAUCUGAUAAGAUGCAAAGCAAUGAAGAAAGUAAACACUUUACAGGGAGAAUCAAAGAAUCACAGUCCUUUACUCAACACAGUGAAGACAUGAAAAGUAAUUCUGUUUCUGCUACACUUGUGUUUUAUAUAUGCUUACUAUUUUUCAGUGUCAAUUUUCUGUUGAUUUUUUUCUUCUUUUUAUUGUUGAAGUUUUCAAAGUUAUGAGAGUUCAGGCUUUAUGAAAAAGGCUGUUUAUCUGCCUGUUUCUCUGAGAGAUUCUCCGUGCUUCAGUCAUGAUGUUCACUGAUCUUCGUGUUUCAUGUCGUGAAUCUGUCGCCAUAUCCUCCGUCCUUCACUUUCACCAAAGUGUGCCCUUCCUUGCCUCAUUGAGACUGCAUCUCUCUUUAUACCUUUUUCAUGUCAGUGAUGUCUCACGUUACCAACUUUGUGUUUCACACACUUUCCACAAACCUCUCGCACAGACUGAGCCUAUACUGUACAGACAGAGGCUGUCCUGGCACAACAGUUUCAUAUGGCAACAAAGUAAUGCAACAUCUAGGCCAAGCGUUCCCUCUAGUGGAACAAGUAACAACAGCAUUCAUUCAGCUUUUUGAUUGUUCAUAUUCAAAAGGCUACUUUUAUCACAUAAAUUUGCUACACGUUGUAUUUCCACGUGCAGUUAUAGCAUGACUUUAAAUUUGGAAAAAGCUUAUGACAAACCAGUCUCAACUCAAGGCCUACUUACAAACCUUGUUCUAGAGCUUUUGAUGACAUCAGCAGAUUGAGUUGGCUCAGUUUUCAUGGAAAUGUUAAUAUUCAGACUUUUUAGUAGUGCUAAGAUAGUCAAUCGGUUUGUUGAUCGAUCUACAGCAGUUUGGUUAAACUAAUAAAAGUCAUUUUCCUAACAAAAAUGGCAAACAUUUCGCUGGUUCCAGCUUCUUCAGAAAUCUGAAUAUCUGUGGAGUUUGCAUUUUUAAUCAGACAAAACAAGCAAUUUUAAUUUUAAUACAUCAUUGGGAAACUGAUGGACUUUUCAGUUUUCUGGCAGUUUAUUUGCAGAGCACUUAAGAAAGGAACUGGUAGAUUAAUCAGAACACAUCUGGUAGCUGCAGCGCUGCUUACCAGCAUCUUCAUCAUUUACAGUUCCAUGGCAACUGAGGAAACUUAAUGUGCUGAUGAGGACUGUGUAACAAGAAAGUAGAUGGACUUCAAAUUUUGAUCAAGCUGUCGUUACAAAACUUCAUCGACAAAGUAAUGCUAUCUUGUUUGCUUAGAGUUACAAUUUUUUGCACAGGGGCAAAACAGGGAUACACAGUUGUGUUUCUUUGUUUUUGUUUUGUCUUCAGACUGGUUCUAAGGGUCACUACCACAGCAGCCCUGUGUAGCACAGGAGCUCAGUUGAUGCAGGGCUCUUCUCUUAAAUAUCUCUUGUCAAACCUGCCAAACACGGCUCUGAGAGGAUGUCACAGUUUUCCCCACCAAGUCUUCUACAGUCCGCAGUAACCUAUGAUGUGUUUGGUUUCAGUCUGAGGAGGGGUUUUGGUCGUGGUUUGUGUUAAGGGAAGUUGUCAGAUUGAGAAACAUGAAAGGAAGGAGCAGUGCAAGUAGAGAAAAAUCUAGAGAAAGAAGUUGUGAAAGUUGCUGGGUUAGGUGGUGAGCACAUGUCCAGCCAGAGGUGGGUAAUAGUUGGUUACUGUGAAAUGGUCCUUUAUAACAGAUUGUAGCAUUCAGAUGCAUCAGCUUAAGAAAAACUACUAUAAAUGUAUUGUCUGUUAUUGACAAUAUUGGCCUUAACGUGUUUACUUAAAAAUAUACCUAUUGCUAUGGAGAUUGCGAGGGGCUGUGCAGUUUGAUGUCAUUUCAUAAGAUUUAUUCCAAAGCACCUAUAUAUUGUAAAUUUAGAGGGGAAACAGCUGAUGCUCAGCCAAUAUACAGAGUAGCUAAUUGCUAAUGAUGCUGUCACUUUUGCAGCACAGGACUUUAUUUUAUUUACAAUUGUUUGAAAUGUGUGAUUUUUUUUUUUUUUUUAAAUAAACACAAGAUCACGAUUUGUAAAAGUGCAUGUAUUUUUCUGGAAAGAGGCUCUACAGUUCCAGCCCAGUGGACCUGCACUGAAACAUCAGAGGUUGUCACUCAUUUGCUGAGACUUUUGGACCCAGUCACAUUGUGACUAGUGUCUCACAAUCACCAUUCAAAAAUUGCUUUUUUGCCAUGACAAUUCAUUCAGCCCUUCCUACUUAAAGAAUCCUUAUUGUCACUAUGUUUUUUUAUGUAUAUAUAUUUUUGGCAUAGAAAAUAAAAAGCAUAUAAUGGCACUUUAUGUAUAAGCUACAGUGUGAGUGUAUUAAAACAGUUGUCAUUG